UGCCAGCAGGACUUCAGCGGAAUGUGAAACCAAAUCAUUUACAAGUUAAAGAUAGACACAGCUAAAGCAGCAUCUUGAGCCGGGGUUUAAAUUCAGUCUCUCUCAGGCUUCUAGUUUGGGAAGUUUCCUUUUUGCCUCAUCAAGGACUCUAUUAGUAUUUCUUCAGACAAUACAAGAACUCUUAGGGCACUGGAAUUGUCAGGGUGUCAGAAGACCAUGGUGCGUGCUGCAGGGGCAGUUAGAAUGGUUCCAGCCCAUUUGCAGGCUUUCACGGCAGUAGCCCAACUCUAAGGAAUUAUCUUCCAUUGUUGAAUGAUUGAAGACUGUGGGAAAAGAGGAACUACCAUGGCAGAAAGGAGGCAGCUGUUUGCAGAAAUGCGAGCUCAAGAUCUGGAUCGCAUCCGUUUAUCCACCUACAGAACUGCUUGCAAGCUUAGAUUUGUACAGAAGAAAUGUAAUUUGCACCUAGUGGACAUUUGGAAUGUAAUAGAAGCACUGCGGGAAAAUUCUCUGAACAACUUGGAUCCGAACAUAGAGCUGAACGUAGCUCGACUGGAAGCUGUAUUAUCCACAGUUUUUUACCAACUCAACAAACGCAUGCCAACGACCCAUCAGAUCAAUGUAGAGCAAUCCAUCAGUUUACUACUCAACUUCUUGCUGGCAGCUUUUGAUCCCGAAGGACAUGGAAAGAUUUCUGUGUUUGCUGUCAAAAUGGCUCUGGCAACACUAUGUGGGGGGAAGAUCAUGGAUAAAUUAAGAUAUAUUUUCUCCAUGAUUUCAGACUCCAGUGGUGUAAUGGUUUAUGGAAGAUAUGACAUGUUUCUGCGAGAAGUUCUUAAGCUUCCCACUGCAGUCUUUGAAGGUCCUUCUUUUGGCUACACAGAACAAUCAGCAAAAUCCUGUUUUGCUCAACAGAAAAAAGUCACGUUGAAUGCUUUCUUGGACACUCUUAUGUCUGAUCCUCCACCACAGUGUCUGGUCUGGUUACCACUUCUGCAUCGGUUGGCAAAUGUUGAGAAUGUCUUCCACCCUGUUGAGUGUUCCUACUGCCACAGCGAGAGCAUGAUGGGAUUUCGCUAUCGAUGCCAGCAGUGUCACAAUUACCAGCUCUGUCAGGAUUGCUUCUGGAGGGGACAUGCCAGUGGUUCCCAUAGCAACCAGCACCAAAUGAAAGAAUACACGUCAUGGAAAUCACCUGCUAAGAAGUUAACGAAUGCACUUAGCAAGUCUUUAAGCUGUGCUUCCAGCCGUGAACCUUUGCACCCAAUGUUUCCAGACCAGCCUGAAAAACCUCUAAACUUGGCUCAUAUUGUGCCUCCCAGACCAGUCACCAGCAUGAAUGAUACACUGUUCUCCCAUUCUGUUCCCUCAGGAAGCCCUUUUACAAACAGAAGGUUACUUGAGAGUAUAAAUGUAGCCAGUCCUGAGAUUGAUGAGCAUUCUCUUAUAAAGCUGUAUGUAAAUCAGCUUCACAAGAAUUCACGCUCUCCUUACAAGAAUAAUGAAGUAGAGCAGAACAAAUUGCUGGCUAGGGCUGCUCCGGCUUUUUUGAAAGGCAAAGGGUUACAGUAUAGCCUCGAUGUUGCAGACAGGCUGGCUGAUGAACAUGUUCUCAUUGGGUUGUAUGUCAACAUGCUCCAGAACAACCCCUCACGUUUGAUGGACAGUCCAAACCGUCUAGAUGAAGAGCACAGACUGAUCGCCAGGUAUGCAGCAAGAUUGGCAGCAGAGACUACAUCAUCACAGCAGCAACCACAGCAGCAGCAGCAACAGCAGCAACAGAGAGGUGCUCCAGAUAUCUCAUUCUCUAUUGAUGCAAAUAAGCAGCAAAGACAGCUUAUUGCAGAACUUGAAAAUAAGAACAGAGAAAUCUUACAAGAGAUUCACAGGCUGCGGCUUGAACAUGAGCAGGCAUCUCAGCCAACUCCGGAGAAAGCGGCCCAGAACCCUACUCUCCUGGCAGAACUCCGGCUCCUGAGACAAAGGAAGGAUGAACUGGAACAGAGGAUGUCUGCUCUACAGGAAAGCCGGAGAGAGCUCAUGGUUCAGUUAGAAGGCCUCAUGAAAUUGCUUAAGGAAGAAGAACUGAAGCAGGGAACCCAAGGGGCAGGCUCCCCUCGCUCUUCUCCCAGCCACACUAUCAGUCGGCCUAUUCCGAUGCCCAUCCGAUCUGCCUCUGCUUGCUCCACUCCAGCCCACACACCUCAGGACUCUCUGACAGGCGUGGGAGGAGAUGUGCAGGAAGCUUUUGCACAAGGUGCAAGAAGAAAUUUAAGAAAUGACUUACUGGUAGCAGCAGAUUCUAUUACCAAUACUAUGUCAUCGCUGGUAAAAGAACUCAACUCAGAAGCUGGAAGUGAAACAGAAAGUAAUGUGGACUCUGAAUUUGGUCGGACUCAUUUUGAUGACCUUGUUCCAUCACCAACUUCUGAAAAGGCUUUCCUUGCACAGAUCCAUGCCCGGAAGCCAGGAUACCUUCACAGUGCAGCGGCCACCGGGACCAUGCGCAGUGAUAUGGUUACAGAAGAUAGAGACCCCUACGUUAGAGCAGAUGAUGAGAACUAUGAAAAUGAUUCUGUGCGCCAGCUAGAGAAUGAGCUCAAGAUGGAGGAAUAUUUGAAACAAAAGCUGCAGGAUGAAGCUUAUCAGGUCAGCUUGCAAGGAUGAAUACCCCAUCCUUGUAUCACUCUCCUCUGAACGAGCAAGCAGCUGCAAUCAAACAGACAAUGGAGGCUACGUGAGAACUAACAAGGAGGAGAGCUGUACUCUAGCUGCUGACAGAGAGAGCUUGCCUGCCAACUUCACAGAAGAAGCGCAACAACAAGCGCAGCACCUCUGACAUCAGAUAAACCAACUCGUUUUGAAGACUGUAGCACAUUACUUUUGUUCUACAAGUUGUAGUUUGUAAGUGUUUGUUUUGAAGAAAAAAAAGACAUUUUAUUUAAAGCUAACGUAUAGCAGCUACAUCUUAUGUAACAUGGCUCAUUACUGGUGAAGAACACAGGCUGACAAAAAAAGUUGCUGUUACAUUUAACAGCAGUAUUAGCAAAAUACUCAAGCCCUUUGCACAUAACGUUGAACCUGUUCAGUUUACAAUGACAAUAUUAAUGCUGUUUAUAGUAGGCAUUUGAUUUCUGAAUAGUUUGAGAUUUUAGAACACUUUCAUAUACACUGUACAUUGUUUUUCCACAGCGGAAAUUUUAAAAGCUACAAUGACACAUUUAACACUGAAUGAAUAUACUCCUGAGUGUAUAUAUUUAUAGCCCCAAAGCUAAGUACCUGACUAUAGUUGCAGUCUGGCACCCAGUUCCAUGUACUUAAAGACCAUCAAUGUUGGUGGGACUAGAGUUCAUAACCAGGUACAGGAUGGCAGCCUUAGAUUGCAGUUUGUUUUACAGUCUUUCUGCAAAAAAAGAGAGAAAGACUUGUACAAAAUGCACUAAGAGUAUCUCUAUGAUUUAGGGCUACUACAUAACUUAGGAAUGUUGUUUUCUUUUUUGACGUAACCUAACAAAUCAGCCAUACAAGUUAGUGUAAAUAUUUUCUUUCCAAAUAGAUAUCAUAUACAAAAGGCAACAUUCAGAUAAUAUAGAAUCUAGUUUUUAAAAUCAGCACAGAUCUUCUUAAAACUGUGAACUAUGUUUUGAAAUACUCGUUGCUAAAGCUGUUUAUAAACCACAGGUGCCAUAAAAUCCCUAAACUGACUCACGUUAUGUAUAAUCUUCCAUGGUAUUGUUUUAUUGCUGUUUUAGAGCUUUAGUAAGCAUGUGUUCUUUCACUUUUCUCCAUUCUUCAUAUACUGUUUGUUGAGGCCUUCAGCUUUAAAUGUACAGGCUUUAAAAGUGCGCUUGCAACUAUUACCUUUUAUUUCUGAAUGUGCAUUGCCUUAGCCAGCCACCAGGUGUUCUGCAUGCAUUCUUGGAAAUGUGUAGUGAGACUUUCUUUCACGCUGAAUGGGGAUUUAGCUAUCUAUGAAAAGCACAGGGGAGAAGUGUGUCCAUUUAAAAAAAGAAAGAAUUACAGAGGUGUUCCUUUGAGUAACAUCCUCUUUUAACUAUGAUGGGGGAAGACAGAGAAAGAGAGUGGGCUUUUUGGUCUAUUGGGGUUAUAAAAAGGGAAAAAAUGUUGUAGUGAGGUUACUCAACCAUUGCUAUACUGUGAAUUAGCUAGUAACAUCUCUCACCAAAUCUCUUUUAGCUAGGAACAAAACAGAAAGUAAUCAAGAAAUUGCCAGGGACCCAUUAAAAUACUUCAUUCACAGUGCAAGUAUCUGAAUUUCAGGCAUCAGUUUAGAACAGGUUCUGCAGUUUAACAGAAGCAGUAUAGAAAGUGUGCCGUUAUGAACAAAUAUAUUUGACUUCAAUUAAGCUGGUCCCAAAGAGUUUGCAUAUCAUUUGUCUGAAUGAGAAGUUUACCCUUUCUGCUGAUUCUACUGGUGAAGAGCACCACAAAAAAAGCUUAUAUGGAUUCAGUGGUUACUGCUAAUUUUGUACAUAUAUGCACAAAAUCAUUUGCUACUAUUGGGCAUCUUCCUCCUUGUGUAUGUUUCAACAUUGUCUCCAAGGGAUCAAAAGCAUGCAGUUCAGACAAGUGCAGAAAAUAAAAUAUGUUUCCAUGGAGACACCUCCCACUGCACCUUUGCAAUAACUAAUCUUUACUGUUGUGAUAUCUGCCAGCCUGACAAGGUAGGCACUAUACAUAGCCUGUGACAGCUUACCUCUCCUACACCCUUCUCUCAGGAACCAGUUACUCUCUACUAGUGCCUAGCACUCAGCAAAUAACACUUACUACAGUAUAUUGGCAAACGUUGCUGACAGCUCAGGACUCCAGUCAGGCAUAUCCUGAAGAGAGACAAAACGGACAAAACCACAGUACAUCUGAAUGACCAAAUCUAGCCACAAAACUAAAUGUGGAGUAAUAACCAUGUUGCUUUAACACCAACAUUUGUUUACAUGCCGACACUGCAUCUAGGGCCCAUGCCUUAGUCUAGCCAUUGCCAGAGCUGUGUAGCACUAUUAUUGAUGGAACAUCUCCACCAGACAACUCAUGCAUCAUUCCCUCCCGCCUCAUUUUGGCUCUAGAUCCCAAGCAGAGCUCUAGGUGGCCUCAAAUUCUGGAACUCCCAGAUGAAGCACUUUUUUUUAUUUGUCUCUCCUGAAACAAAAUGUAGGCUUACCACAUCAUCCAUCUGCUAAGCUGGUUAUGAAACUCAGUAAGGCUCAUGCUCUUCCCCAAUCUCUCUGCUGUGCAUAGUGGAGGGAAAGGGAACGUGCCUCUUUUCUCCCUGCCUGCCUGACAUGACUGCCCCACCUCUGAAGCUAGUAAUCCAUGCAUGGAUAUAAUGUUUGAAUGGGGUUGUAUGCCUAGAAAAGUGUAUGCACACAGGCACAGGUCACGUGGUCACUUCCCGGAUUUUAUCUCAGGCAGCAGCCAUGUUGUUCAGACCUGUGCAAGUGGGAUCUUAUGGGCCUGUACCCUAUACAAACAGUACCCAAUAUGUGGCUGUUCAGUGGGGACAUGGUAGACAGGACACACAUAGGAGAGAGAGAUCAGGGAAGUGCAUACUGCAAACUGGAUCUGUGUUUUAACCCACUUAGUCCUUGUUUGUUUGUUAAAAUGUGUUGAAUUGUGUGGACACUGAAGUUAUAGAACUGGUUGAAUUGGCCUUUUGUGUGUCUUUAUGGCCAGCAACUGCAGCCAAAAACUCUUUGUGGAUUGUCAGUGGAAAGGUAGUUAAGGGGAAGAAUCAGAAUGUGAAGGGGAAUAGGGUUCUUGAAUGUGGAAAGGAAUGAUGGAGAAUGGAUUCUCUGUAAGUAGUAAUGUUAACUAAAAACUGCAUUAAAAGGUGUGUGGCCUUUGUUGUGAUAAUAUGUAUUUUCUUAUAUGCAUGAGAAAAAAUGUUGCAUCAUUAUUUAGCACAGAUGUUUGCCUUUACUUUAAUCAUCUUCUUCCAUCCUUAUUCGUUUCUUGAAAUUGCUGUAGAUAUAUCUUGUAAAUACUGCAGCCUCAGGUUGCUACAGUUACAUUGGUUCAAUUCAGUGCAAGGAGCCUCGAACGACAAGCGCUUCGCUGUGUCCAGAGAAGAGAGGGCAUUUUUACUUGUGAACCAAAAAUGUAUGAAGAGUUACAUCUUGAAGCUACUAACUGUUUGACAUUUUUAACUACUGUUAUUUCACACCAGUCCGGACAGACACACAAUAAAAAUUUCACAAUAUUCAUUGGUAUUGUAAACGGAACUAUUAUUGUAUGGGGUUUUUUGUAUUGCCGUUAAGUAUUGUUUUGUGUGUGUGUGUGUGCGUGUGUUCAAGCCAACU